UCAUCACUGCAUACUACCCAUGCCUGUUGUGAGUACGUCUGCAUUCCGUGUACUCGCUGCUUUCGGUCAGCAUGUUGUCGACAAUUCGCCCGUAGCAAAAACAAUUCGCAUAAACAUAUACUUGAAAUUAUCGUCAUUUACUAGUGCCAAUGACUCAAUUCCAAUAAUUAACUCACACUGUAAGUGGUAGCGAGUAAGGAGAAACACCUCAUGCAAUUUAAACUCUUUCGAAUUAUGGUGGAAUUAGUGCAUAGUUGACGAGUGUCGUGGCUAUUGUGAAGUGUUAUACAAAGGAGAAAAGUGUGUAGAUUUGAUAUCCCUAAGGAAACCUCGGUUUUCCUGUAAAAGACUAUUACAUCACAAAUAUCAUUAUGGAUUUUGGUGAAUUACUCACCGUUGCGCAGAAAAAUAAUGCCAACAAACAGAAAAGCUCGUAUUCAUAUCCAGUGAAAUUCACACCCCCGAAAAAGGAGUCCAAGCAGUCCAAAACGUUGUCCGACAACAUUAAGAAAUUUUUAGCCAAGAAAGAACAGGAGGAUCGUCAAAAGGCACUGGACGAGAAGAGAAAAAAAGAGAAUUUACUGGCACUACGAGAUCAUAAAGCCCAAAGUAGGAUAAACAAGCACUUAAAAGUUUGCAAAUCUGCCAAUAAAUCGGUGAUUGCUGAUGCCGUAAAUUAUGAGGAUACUGCUGUCACAAUUGCGGGUCCGUCCCAGCCAGACGAGGAUGACUACGGGUAUGUGUCCCAAGAAGCCUCCGCCUUUUAUAACAAAUUAAUGUCCAAGUACAACAAUCUGCCUCCUGAGAAACCUCUUUUCAAGGAAAGUGGGAAGAAAAUAAUCAAAGACAUAGCCUCGACAAAAGAUCGUGUGAAACAAGCCCUCAAACAGCAUGAGCUCGAGGAGAGUUUGCCUCACCGGCGGAAAAGGAAAUCUACAAGUGCCUCAGAUAAAAAUGAACCGCACGAUAAAGAAGUCAUCCCCGAUAGAGAUCGCGGUCGGGACAGGUUAGACAAGAGCUCCGAAAAAGAGGAGAGACCAAAACCGAAGAAGCGAGCACCGAUGCCUCCACCCAUGGAUUUCAUGUCUCUCCUGAAGUUAGCCGAGAAAAAGCAAUUCGAGCCUUUGCCAACUGAACUCAAACCGAAGCCGAAAGUUGAAGAGCCCGAGCGCCUGAUGACAAAACGACAAAUGAAGGAAUAUCAAAAAGAAAGGGAGUGGAAGGAAAAACGAGAAAGAGAGAAGAAUGGAGUAAUUCCGAAAGCCAUUACUGCCUCAGCGGAUAAUUCAACUGAAAAAUCCGUGGAUAAAUUAAAAUCAGUGCCAAACAGAAUCUUAAAACCGACAAGUACAAAAGCUCCAUCUACGAUAUUAGAGAAAACUCUCACGAAACCGUUAAUUUCAACGGUGAAAAGGGUUACAGAUCGGCCAGGGGAAAAGUCUUCGACUUCAGUUUCCAAAAAUUCGGAGAAAGAUGUGAUUUCAGAGGAGAGGAGAAAAUUAGAGGCUGAGAGACGAGAGGUGGAAACAAUGAGGAGAAAACUAGAAGAGGAGAAGAGACUUCUGACCUUGAGUAGAGAAAAAAUGAGCGAAGAGAGUAGAAGUAAGUUGCCAAAGGUCAAUGCUAAAAAAACAACAUCCUCGGCAGGAUUGAAGGAUGUUAGACCUAGAGGAAGUACUACUGACAUUAGACAUAAACAGUUCUCUUCUGGUGACGUCAAACGGAAACCUAACCGGCCGUUUAUGAAUGGAAGACCAAUGAAGAAACGACGCAUUUUUGAUGAUGAGGAUGAAUAUGAUUCAGAAUUGGAUGAUUUCAUCGAUGAUGGGCCGGAGGGGGGUGCUGAGGAUUAUAGUAAAUAUAUUAGUGAGAUAUUUGGAUACGAUAAAAGCAGAUACUGCACUUACGAUGAGGAUGUUGAUAAUAUGGAAAGCAACUACGCGCAGCAGUUGAAGGAGGAAUUUGUCUCUACUAAAAUUGGAAUCAUGGAAGAUCUGGAAGAUAUGAAACAAGAGGCUCUGGAGAAGAAACGGAAACUAAUGCAGAAAAAAAAAAUCAAGAAAUAAUGGUGAUUACGUGGAUGCAGUGCUCUGUCUAAUAGAAAAAAAAUUACAUAAAAUAAAAAUCAUAUCGAAUAUUUUCUUAUGCAUAGAACUAUGAAUUUUUAUCAUGCAUGGAAGAGAAGGUCAUUGAUUAGGUAAAUUUUAUGUAGCAAUAUGAAUAAUGAUAUGCAAUUAACCAAAAAACAAUAUUAAUCUUAAUAAUUGAACAAGUGUACUUGUAAGGACGGUUAAUAUAUCAUUUAUACGAAGACGUA